CACACCGGCUGCAUUUGAAAAUACUGACAUCUGCCUGCAAAAAGUAGGCGCUUUUAUUUAAUUGUAGUUAAAUUAAACAAUAGUUGUGAUUAGAAUGUACAACGACGAGGCGAGAACGCCCCAGGCCCUCAAGAGCAGAUAUUUCACCAAUUUGAGUGGCCUGAAAGGCCGGUCGCGCAGGAACAGUUACACAAAAGGGCACACUUCGACGGCGUCGGCGACAACGCCAAAGAAUGGCGGCAAGGAAAAUGGAAAAUGCAGCCCCCAGAUGUCGGCUGGAGUGUGCACUCCGCCGCCGAAACGGCUCCAAAGGGUGCGGAAUCCCUUCGAGAUGGCCAUGGCGGACCGCCUGCACCUGCCGUUGAUAGCCAGUCCCUCGCUUUUCCGAUCGCGGACUCCCCAACUCUGUUCCACACAGUUCGAGUGGAAUAUUGACGAGGUGUCGCAACUGAAGCCUGCGGACGUUGAGCCCCACGAAACACAGUUCCACGACUCGCCCGACCCGGAGGUGGAGUCUAAGGCCCAGCUAGCAAUAAGUGCAUUUUUCAAGGAGUCUCACAAUGUGCCAAGUCCGGUGGACUGUCCCCUUCGCAAGCAUCGCAUUAUUCUCGAGGAUAACACACCCAUAUCCAACAAAUCGAGACGGCGGCGUGACUGCGAAGCGCAAACGGAGCUAACCCUUCCACCGAUUCUACCGAAGGCCCUCGAGGACGCUCUGCGUCCGUACAUGCAACCCCAUUUGGCAGGUCGCUUGUCGGGUAGGAGCAAAUCGAGCGGCGGUAAUGACAUCUUCAACAGUUCGAUGCGAAGGAAGCUCUUUGAUCUGCACAAUGUCAUCGUUUUGGGUGAUCAGCAAGAUCCCGCCGAGCACUCAUCGCCCAUGGCGGGCUCCAGUCCGCAGGCCAAGCAAACCCUAUUUGCCGGGCGCCUGUCAGACUCUGCUUCCGGCGAGGGCAGCUUCGGCAGCCUAUCGCCCAUCAGGAACUUAUGUGGACUGCCACCAGGCACACCCGACGAUGGCAACUGCUCCGGAAAGAGGAAGCUGCUCAUGCAAGAGCUAGAGCUGCCGUCGCCAAUAGCACCGUCCGAGCAUCUGAGCAGGCGGUUGGCGUACUCAAAGGUUGAGGUGAGCGUCACAGAGCAGCACGAUACCUUAUCGGAGCGAACUGCCUUGAAGUUCACCCCGGACAGAAGUUCGUCGCCGAUGGGCGGAGGACUGGAGCACUCUGACUGCAGCAUCAAUCAAAGAGUUAGCCGUUUGAGGGUGAACAGCACGCGGCAGCAAGUCGUAGUCGAGGCUGGCGACAAGCCGUUGUUCGAUGAGACCGAAGAGGACGACGAUGACGAGGAGGACCCAGACACUGAGGAAGAUGAUGAGGGGGAGGAAGCUGAGGCCAUGCAAUUGUCCACUCUUAGCUUCAAUUGCAGUUCCUCCAACUCGGACACUCCACGUGGGCACCGAAGACGUCGUUCUGCCCAACGCAAGAAUCUCUCGCAAUCUUUUAGUGCCAAUUUAGAGGAGGAAGAGGAUCGGGAUCAGGGUCAGGCUCAGGAUAUGGCGCUUGUUCAGCAAGUAGAGCCACCUCUAGUAGUGGCACCACAGGAGGGACCCCGAGUGCCUCUUUACCGGGCAGACAGCGGCUUUAACGAGACUACCAGCACCUCAACCUUUGCGUGCUCUCAGGACUUGCCUCUGGAUGUGUCUAUGACCUACUGCUCCACUCCAUCCACUCGCUCCUGACCCCGGCAAUUCUCGUGUAUAGUUCGUAUGUCGAUUCUAGUUUUCUCUUAGGCUAUUCAAAUGGAACAACUCAUAUAUUUCCACGGUAAAUGAGAGGAAGACUCGAGUUCUAACUGCAAUGUAAUCCCACCGAAUAUUUUAUUUUUUAUUGGUAAUUGUCAAUAGUGUGUUCUUAGUUAAUUA